AUGCAGAGCAUGAUCAACUACCUUCUCGUCUUUCCGGUGGUGGGGGCUAUCGUCAUGGGAUACGUGCAGUCUUUGCAUCGUCCGAUGCUGGAGGUCCUGGGUCUGGUGGACCUGCACUACGUUGUGGGGGCCCUGCUGCUGGUAGUAGCGGUGAUGGGGGUGCUGGCGGGGCACUUGCGUCAUCACCUCUUGCUGCAGGUGUACAUGGCAGGUCUCGGCGCCGUCCUGAUGCUCUACCUGGUCCUCAUUACCUUGGGACUAGUCUCGUGGGCGAGGCUCGCGGACGGCUUCGACCCCGACGACCCGGAAGGGCUGGUGAGGAUAGCGUGUGAGGUGGGCGUACACGGUUGCUGCUGCUGUCGAUAUACACCGGAGCUCGAUUUCAGCCUGUACACUGUACCCGGCUGCCCGGAGUGGUCUGACCCGAAAGAGCUCGCCCAAGUGGCGAUUGUUUUCGUGAAGCUCGGGCUGCUGACGUCGGUCAUGAGCGUGGUGUUCGUGCUGUGCGGUCUCUGGGCGAGCGUGAUGUUCCACAACAACCUGAAGGGGUACCAAGUGGACUACAUAUGAUGACGGGUCCACCACCAAGACGAGGGAUGUGUAGACUAUGCAUACGAUCGAUAGAAGCACGCGCCGGUGCAUUGUGCGCAUCCACACUCUGUAUUGUAGCGUUUUCAGGAUGCCCACUAUAGCUCACGCAUGGUGCCCGUUUUUUUUUUUUUUUGUACGAAUUGUGUUGCAUUUUCGGGAUGCA